AUGGACCGAAUGCUCCAGGCCAGCUCUUCCCAUCAAAUUUCACCAGAAAUUGAUUCGCGGUCGAAUUUUGCUCGGUAUGACUCCACCUCUUGGAGUCACAAUACUACGUCUGCUCAGAAUAUCAAUGACAAUCCUGCAAACGCCAGGUUCCCUGCAAUGCCUGCAUGGAAUCCGUCCCCUUCUCUCAUAACGACCAACAGCGGUGACCCUGCUGCACACCCACAGGAUUCGUCAAGGGCGACCGCAUCAGAGCAUCAUAAUUGGGCGAUGCCGACAUCAAGUUUCAAGCAAACCAACACAAACACUUCGCCAGGCACAGCUUCGAAUAUUCCAUCAGCAAACGGAGCUCAAUCGGUCCCUAUUGACACCAGUACAUUCGCGCAAUCAGAUCCUUCUUCGGCCCCAUACCUUGAGCAAAUACAAGGCUGGCAAUCUCUUUCUCAGCAAGUGAUGGAAAUGGAAAAUCUGGUCAACCAACACAUCAUACCGUCUGUAGACAUGAUGUUCCGAAUUCGAACACAACUUCAAAACAUGCUGGCAGAAAGACAGAGCCAAAACAUUGAAAGGAUAUAUUCCACCCCGCCCAACCAUCGCCUUUUCCCUCCGACGGCGGGCGCUGUUGAGGUGAUGAUGAAUCGUGUCACCUGUCUCUACGAGCGUGUCGAUCAGAUUACCCUGAUCCAGCAGGCCCAGCGAAUCAGAGUGGGGAUGAACAAUCCUUCCUACUCGCAGACCGAGACCUCUCGGAUUUACCUAGCAACACACCCAGAUGGCCGACAAAGCCUGAUUCUACCCCCGGACACCACAAUUAGGGCCUCGCCCCAAGGUUCUUCUCUCCAGUCUCAUGCAACCCCUGCUCCCGAUGCUCAGGUGAACCCCAAUGCUGCGAACGCCGCCGCCGUUCAUCAGGCCGUUCGACAAGCUCUGAUCAACCAGCAGCAACGACGAGACGACAAUGGCGCGGGUCUUGGACGUUAUAUACGUCGCGUCUGGAUGUUCAUUCGCAUGUACUUUUUCUGCUACAUGAUCAGCGAUGCGGGUACUUGGACGCGUAUCUUCCUCGUCACAUGCGCCGUGCUAGUGGCUGUUCUGUCAGAUACAGACAUUCCGCAGCAGCUCCACGGGGCCAUUGUCGCCCCGGUCCAGCGUCAUCUCGAAGGUCUCGCUCACAUGGGUGGGCCCGCUGAUCAAUCUAGGCAAAGGCCAAACCAAGGCGGAGAGAACCGUGAUAACCCUGCGCCCCAGGGUAUGCUUGGCGAAAUUUUGCACUUCCUUCGACGCGCGGAGAGAUCCAUUGUGCUUCUUCUUGCUAGCCUGGUUCCGGGUAUCGGUGAGCGGCAAGUUGAGGCACGCAAUGCAGCCGAAGCCGAACGAGUUCGUCAAGAACAAGAACAAGAACAAGAACAAGAACGGGAGCGCGAGCGUGAGCGUGAGCGUGAACGUGAGCAGGAACAGGAACAGGCUCAGGAGCUUGGGGGUGAAAAUGAGAAUGAGCAUGAAAGAGAGCAAGCCGGGUCUGAUGCCGCCGCUGCCCCUGCUGCUACAACGCAGCUGGAGCAGACUUUUGCCUAA